CAAAACAUACUGUCCUUGGAUUUACAUCGAUUGACAGACAGGACAUGUAGGGAGUUAAUGGCACAUCAAGAUCUCGAGGGAGAAUAAAGUGAAAGAUUGAUUUGCAAACUCCAGCACUUGUGUCCUUGAACUUGUGGUGAAUAUUUCUGCAUAGAGUGUUAGUCACACAGAAGGGGAGAGAGAAAAAGUAGACGGGGAAGAGAUUAUGUGAAUAUCAACGUUGGAUCCAUGGAAAGUGGUGGGCCUAUCAAGGUUGAGGCUGAAGAAAUAGCCAAACCAAAAACAAAACAAAGUUGUGUAACACGUGUUUCAUGGUCCUACAUGGGUACCCCCAGUUAAAUGCAGAAAAAGAACCAUCAAGGGUCGGCCACAUUCGGAGAGAAACAAAAAUCUAAUGCUUCAUUACUCCGUUGUAAGAGAUGCUAAUGGACAAUGGCCUUCUGUGACAUAUAUGGAGAUACCUGACACAUAUGGAGGUAUCUGACAUAUAUGGCUCCUUGUAAAAGGACAAAUGAGUCCCGAAAGCUGAUGAACAAUAAUGCAAUGAAGAAAUAAAACAAAUUUGUCGUUGUCUGGCAUGGGAUAGUGAAAGACAAAUUGUGUGGUCAAUGGCCCGUUCCCUAUUUAUUAUGCAGUGACCGCUAACUUUUGUUUUUGCAUCAUAGAGGUAAACUAGUGCCAGCCAUUAGCUUCUUAGUGCCUGGAAAAGCUGUUUUGGAUGGAACUUACAGGAGCUGAGCAUGAAGACGUUAUUGCUUGGUUCGAGUAUGUGUCGGAGAACGCGAGCAGGGUCCAGAGCGAGACGCUGCGUCGGAUUCUCGAGCUCAACAGUGGCGCCGAGUAUCUGAGGAAAUGGCUUGGGACUGCUAAUGUACAAGAGAUGGAUGCUUCUGCCUUAGAAAAUCUCUACACUUCCUCUGUGCCUAUCGCCUCCUAUGCUGAUCUAGAGCCUUAUAUUCAGAGAAUUUCUGACGGAGAGACUUCUCCUAUACUUACACAAGAACCCAUCACAGUUCUAUCUCUCAGCUCUGGAACAACAGAAGGAAGGAAAAAGUAUGUCCCAUUUACUCGCCAUAGCUCACAAACGACUCUUCAGAUUUUCAGAUUAUCAGCGGCUUACAGAUCAAGGGUUUAUCCUAUAAGGGAAGGAGGGAGGAUUCUUGAGUUUAUAUACGCAAGCAAGGAGUUCAAGACGCGAAGCGGGCUGAAGGUGGGAACGGCCACGACACACUAUUAUGCGAGCAAAGAGUUCAAGACUAAGCAAGAGACGACCAAAUCGUUCACUUGCAGCCCACGAGAAGUGAUCUUAGGUGGAGAUUUCAGGCAGUGCACAUACUGCCAUCUCCUUCUCGGCCUCUACUUCUCAGGCCAAGUAGAGUUCAUUGCCUCUGCUUUCGCUUACACCAUUGUCCAAGCUUUUGCAUUUUUUGAAGAAAUCUGGAGAGAUAUAUGCGAUGAUAUCAAGGAAGGCGGUCUCAGCUCAAGAAUCACUCUGCCCAGGAUGAGAAACACCGUCUUGAAUCUGAUCAGACCAAACCCAUCUCUUGCCUCGCGGAUUGAGGCCAUAUGCUUAGAGCUGCAACAAAAUCUGGGGUGGUCCGAUCUGAUCCCAAAGCUGUGGCCUAACGCAAAAUACGUCUCGUCGAUCAUGACGGGUUCCAUGUUACCUUACCUAAAAAAGCUGAGGCAUUAUGCUGGCAGUUUGCCAUUGGUCAGUGCGGAUUACGGGUCCACCGAGAGCUGGAUUGGUGUAAACGUGGAUCCACAUCUACCACCAGAGGAUGUGAGCUUUACUGUAAUUCCCACGUUCUGUUAUUUUGAGUUUAUACCGCUGUACAGGCAGAAGAAGCAAGACAACUGCAGUAACGGUGUAAGCUCAAAUGCUAACGAUGACUUUGUAGAAGAUAAGCCUGUUCCUCUGUCUCAAGUCAAGCUCGGGGAGGAGUACGAGGUUGUCAUUACCACUUUUACCGGUCUUUACAGGUACAGAUUAGGAGACGUAGUAGAAGUGACUGGGUUUCACAAAGGCACACCAAAGCUGAGUUUCAUAUACAGAAGGAAACUGAUCCUGACGAUAAACAUAGACAAGAUCACUGAGAAGGACCUGCAGAGGGUGGUGGACAAAGCGUCUCAGCUGCUGAGCCGGAAGACUCAGGCCGAGCUCGUGGACUUCACGAGCCAUGCCGACGUGUCGGACCACCCGGGACAUUACGUAAUCUACUGGGAGAUAAGAGGGGAAGCCGAGGAGAAAGUGCUGGAGGAAUGCUGCAGGGAAAUGGACAAAGGGUUUGUGGAUCACGGGUACGUGGUCUCGAGGCGUAUGAACGGGAUAGGACCGUUGGAAUUGCGGGUUGUGGAGAGAGGGACGUUCGGGAAGAUAGCCGAGAGGUGCGCCGGGAAAGGAGGUGGUCUGAACCAGUUCAAGACGCCUAGGUGCACCACCAAUACUGUCAUUCUCAAGAUCCUUGAUGAUUGUACCGUUCAGAGGCUUCGAAGCACUUCUUAUGAUUGAAACAGAACUCAAACUCAAACUCAAACUCAGUUUCUGUCCUGUGUCUGAGGCUGCGACGUUGUAAUAGAGAUCUUAAGGAAAUAAUAAAAGAAGAUAAGCGAAAAGAAACUCGAACUA